AACCAACGCGUAGUGGUUGUCUAGGAUACGUCAAUUUCGUAUUAAUUGAUAUGUUUUUAACACCUAUCAUGUUUACUUAAUUUUUGACCAUUAUUCCUACAAAUAUGAAUCUCAAUUAUCCUGUCAUUUCAAAUCGAAAUGUUACUGAAUCAAGACCGUUUGAUUUUAUUUACGAUCCAGAAUACUGCAUUCCGACUUCGAAAAAUUUUUAUCGAUUAGCUGAAGAUGCUCUUGAAGAAACAGCCGAACAGAACAUUCGUCCGGUUUACCAAUCGAUGUUCAGUGAUGUUCGCCGAUUUCCUAAACAUCAAUUCAUUUUUAAAACAGAAAGCUUACCUAUUUCUUGGGAAGAAAAGCAUAAAAAAGAAGAGACGAUGAAAUUAUUUGAAAAAAAUGAUGAAGUUUGUGGUCGCGAUCUUUACAAAUUUGUUUCCAAAUCGAACAUCGACUCGCCAGUCAAAAUGAGGUACGAAAACUAUAUGAAUUCGUCGGCUCAUAAAAUUAGCAUCAAUAGUAUUGGAGAAAGUAAAGCAACGAAAGUAAAAUUAAAAGACUUCCCUGUAAUCAAACAAAAAAAUAAGUCUACGAAAUCAACUCAGACUGACUAUCGUGAUUCAGAAACUCAAACUGAUCCUUGGAUUUCUCCUUACGAUGAAAAAUUGAAUUCCUUAUUAUUUUUAAAACCUGGUAAGUUUAUUAGGUACUCAUACAAGUGGAGCCCAACUACUAUAGUGCUGAGUGCUCCAAUACCACUUGAAAUUGAGAAAUUUGUUGAAAAGACGUUUAAAUUUUUGUGCAAGGUCAUUUUUUAUGCUAAAUAAUUCAACGUCAGCUUGCUUACUCACCGAAACUGUGUUUGAAUUUUAAUUUCACCUUCACGUACCUAUUUACUUUUAAAUAAUCAUAGUACCUAAUAAGAAAAACUUCCAGAACAAGAAUCACAAAUUGAGUACGAAGUAGACACCGUAGAAGAGAAGAGAAAAAUUAACGACUUGCAAAAAUCUCUUUUAACAGUAGACAAACGUAAUUUAAAAACUCAGAUAGCAAUUACGAAGAAAAUUGAACAUAUAACAUGGCUUGUAAAGGAAAAGAAAAUUGAUUACAUAAACACGACGCGAAUGGAGCUGCAAGAAAAACUUUUUUACAAGAAAUCCAUCGAAACUCGAAUGCAUAUCAAACAGCGAGAAGAUUCGUGCAGAAAUUUACAAUCAGAAUGGAAAAAUAAAAAAAUUGAAAAUCUUUUACUUCAUAAAGAAAGAGAAUUGAGAAAAUUGAAGCAAAAUCACCAAUCUGAAAUACGUUCAUUUUUUUUCAAAGCAAAAUUUGAAGAAGAGCCGUAUUCUACGUGUCGAAAUAACCAUUAUACAAGCGAAUUAUAUAAUUUUUAUUGAAAUUUGAAAUACAAAGAUGUGUUUUUCUUUUUUAAAUAAAUGAACAUGCUAAUUUAUUACGGAUGUACAUUAUAGAUACAAAUGAAACUAACUCGUAUUAAUUGAACACAAAUAUUGUGCAAAAUCGACUAAAUCUAAAUGUAUUUGAUUUCAAGUCACAAAAAUGUGUUUCACGCUAUCAAAUUUAUACUACAUAUUUUACAACAAUAUUAGUCCUCUACUUUGAAACUGAUUUGUAAAAAAAAAAAAAGUAAUAAAAAAUAAACCAAUAAAUUCAAAUAUUUUAUAAAACAUAAGGUUGAUUUUUG